AUGGUGGAGCUAGAGGAGGGCAACGCUCUGUGCAAGCGGGAGGCGGCUUGGGUGUUCCUUAACAUGUGCGAAUGCAGCGGUGAUCCGGGGGAGACGAUAAUACCCGAAAUCGUUGGGCACGGAGUGAUCGCGGCGGUCUGCGAGAACCUUAGCAGCGAUUCCGAUGCAGAGACUCUCCUGGUGAUGCUGUCCCUGCUCUACACCAUUCUCGACGAGGGUGGGCUUGGAUCAACCCUUACGCUGUCGGAGUACACCACCCUCGUAGAGGAGGCCCAGGGGUUCGACAAGAUCAUGGGCCUCGCAAACGACCACGACGACAUGGAGAUCUACGACAAGGCAAUGGACAUCAUCCAGGCGUUCCACGACAGCCAAGAAGACGAGGACGACGACGAUGAUGAGUUGGUCUUUGGUGUGGCCCACGCCGCCGCCGCCUCCGACGCCGCCUCUGACGCCUCCGACGCCGCCACGCGCGCUUGCGCUGUUAGUUCCAAUCAUGAUGAUAGCAGCGACAUGAUGUCGGACGACUCGCUGUCGGACGACAGCUUCCACAGAGAGCUCGCGGGCGCCGCCUCCGGCCCGAUCACCCCGCCACCGGCGGCCCAGCGCCGUCCCUCCGAAGCGUCACCGAUUGCCCCGCCGACGGCAGAGCAGCAGGAGGAGGAGCAGCAACCCGGGUGCAAUUUCAAGAGUGAAAAAAAUUCGCCGAGACAACCGUUAGGAACCGUCCAGCAGCAGCACCUACUCGCCACCGGGAGUAGUUCGGCGCUUUCUCCCCGUGUCAGCGGCGGCGUUGCUGCGCGGGGCGGAAAGAGGGCGGAUGCUGUUGGUGGGUGCGAGGUCGGCGACAUGGAGUAGGAGUAUUACACAACGCACUUUUUUAUUUUUUGCGCCACCGGAGGUAAUUCGGCGCUUUCUCCUCUCGCCGGCGGCGGUGGGGGGAGGGGAGGGGGGGGGGGCUCCGUGGCGACGUUGAUGCGGGGGCGGGAAGAGGGCGGUUGUUGUUGGCGGAUGUGAUUUCGGCCGUAUUGAGCACCGGGGUACAUCCCCUCAGCAUGUACGCACUUUUUUUUUUUUUGCGACAACAGGCAAUUUUGAUCGUGAGGUGGCAUCCAAGCGACGUGUAUCUAGCACUGCUGGCUGACUGUGUAUUAGUGUGGUGAAAAACGCGCAACCACCAACGACCCCUUUUUUUUGUGCCCAGGGCUCGAUCUUUUUUUUAUUUCCUACGUGGGGAAACCAAGCCUUUUUUGUAAAGCUAGAUGUGGGCAGGGAGGUGUGCGUUUUGCCCGCGCGUGUAGGUUGCACGGCAGUAGUUGAUAGUGCGGUAUGGUUCUCAGGAUAAAGGUACUUAGAGUGAACUCUGUGUACCACGUUUUUUGUGUUCUGUUCAUUUACGGUGCGGUAUGGUGCGAUAUGGUGCGGUGCGGUUCUUGCUUCCGUAUACGAAAGUGGCAUACCAGACGAGACAGGAUCGGCGUUGUUUUGUGGACUCAUUGCCCUCGUGUUUUUUGUCUCGAAAAGUUUCAACUCGUACUGGCUGGCCUCCGUGUGUUUUUUCCAAGAGUGGCUUUUGAUGUGCGUGUUGGAGCCGUAGUUUGGAACUAGGUGCUCAAACCCGGCAUCAUUUUUUGUUUGCGACCUUUGAGUCUGGCAGUAAUUAAUUAGGGCCUGCCGGCUACCCGUUGCCUCGUCAUGUUUUGCGUCGAAUGAUUUUUUUCGCGCGGUUGAUUACUUGCCGUACCUGUGGUAUUUUCGGUGUCGAUUGCCGCCCUCUUACUGCUAGAACCAAGCGGUUUCCUUGCUUUGUUGUUGUAUUCGAUUUUACGCUUGUGUUUUUCGUCUCCGCGUGUGCAGUUUCAGAUACACCGUUGCACACCCUUGUUUUAUGUUUGUUGCUUUCUCUCGGCAAUCAUGCUUGGUCGUGAGAGGCGUUUUUAGUUCUUGCCUGUUGGUGGGGGGAGCUUGUCACUCUGUCGCGGUUCGUGAGAGGCGUUUUAGUUCUUGCCUCUUGGUGGGGGGAGGUUGUCACUCUGUCGCGGUUCGUGUGGGGCGUUUUAGUUCUUGCCUCUUGGUGGGGGGAGCUUGUCAGUCUGUCGCGGGAACAAUUCCGUUGAGAGCGUGAUUCUGACAGAGGCGCCGCAAAUAUGGAGGCACCAGGCCGAGUGGGCAUCCAGUGAAGCUUUACCUUAUUGUUGAUUUUUGUUCUCUCUUCAGGCACUACUCAGGUUUUCUAGUCCAUAUGGGUGGGCUCAUCGAGCAGCACAACAAGGGUUGGCGUUGAGGGUAAUAUCGGUAGGAACGGGGGGGGGUGUCGUUGCCACGGGAGCAGUCAUUUUCUUCACGUGUUCGCGUAACUUCUCGCCGCCGCUGCCUGCUACUCGGUCCCGGUCGCGCAAAGAGAGAUGAACGUUGUCAUGGCGAGAGUGGGCACGGCUAAUAUAUGAGUACCGUUUCGUAGGAGACCGACUCGCCUUGCGAAAACGUAACGUACAAAGGGAGUUGUGUCUUUGGUAGUAGCAUCGACCGCUGACCAAUGAAAGGUCAUCAGUCUCAGUGCGGUUGGCCACAGGGUGUCUUGUCUUUGGGAUAACAGGCAUCUGCUGUAGUUCCUGCUUGACUUGCCCCGAUGUUGGUUGUUGGUGUCCUUCGCUGUCUGUACAAACCGUUCCGGCGUCUUGCGCAUUCGUUGUCUAUUUUCUGAGGCUCGCGUGCGAGAGUUUUGUUGUUGCACUUGUCUCAUCUCCCCCCCUCGGAUUAUACCUUCUUUUGACUCUUCUUGUCCCUUUCUUUCGUACAGCAUGGUACCGUUCGAGGGGUAGUGUGCCAUUAGUUUUUUGCGUGCGCCUUUUUGUCCUGCUGCUAGCCCGAUCUGUUGGUUCCAUUGUGGCGGUGGAAUUGUGCCAUCCAUUUCGUUUUGCAUGCCUUUGCCCGUGUUAACCUUGUCCUGAUCUGUUGAUUCCUUUGUGGUAAAAGUGCCAUCUGUUGUAUUAUGCGUACCCUUGCCCUGGUGCUAAGCUUGUCCUGAUAUGUUGAUUCCUUGGUGGUAAAAAGUGCCAUCUGUUUUACUAUGCGUCUCUUUGCCCUGGUGUGUUAACCUAGCUCUGAUCUGUUGAAUCCUUUUUUUGGUGGGAGUACCAUCCGUUUUAUUAUGCUUGACUUUGCCCCGGUGUCAACCGUGUUCUGAUCUGUUGAUUCCUUUGGGGCGGAAGUGGCAUCUGUUUCACUAUGCCUCCCUUAGCCCUGGUGUUGUUGUUGGUGUAAGUAUAUACGGCCUGCAGAUCACUACCUGUUUGCGAGAACGUCGUGUUGUACGUGACUCUACAUGUAAACGAGCGAGGAUGUAUCACGCGAUGGGGUGUUCUCGAGUGGUGUGGUACCUCCAGUGUUGCCUUGAUUAGUGUGCAGCAGAGAUAACACGAAGCCGGACAUUGAGGUGUAAAGUGAGGUGUAAAGUAGCACCCCUUCUCCUCGGUUGUAGCAUUCGCUUCCGUUAUGCUAAGGACGUGAGCUUUCAUGUGUGCCCCCCCAGCUUUACCACAUGCCACAGCAGUCGGCUGUACGGACCGGGAGUUGGCUUGUUUUUUUUCUAGAAAAGGAGGCGUGUGUGAUGUAAAGUAGAACACAAUCGUGCGAAGAAAGCCGAAGGUUGGAGAUUAUCUGUACGCUAGGAUAGGAGGGAAUAACUCAUUUAGUCUAAUCCUAAGGAGAGCAGCAAUUGAACAUCGCUCCCCCUGUCGAGACAUUCUACAGGAGUGAUAUCCUGCCGGAAAAUAAUAAAACGUGACAGCAGUGACGGAGGCGCGCCUCUUUUUCUCGUCAAGUUCUGCGUUGGUUUAUUUUCACGCAAGACCUACGUAAGAUCACAUGAUGUCAUCUUCCGUCUCGCGCGGGGGUUGAAGGGUGAAGGGACGUGUCUACCUCUCGCCCUCCCUCACGGAGGAGGUGUUUUUGGCCUAAAUGUGGGGAAUUUG